AUGCUGCUGAUGGCCACACGAGGCAUGUCUGCGGGCACAGCUUGUGUCUUACCCCCUUCUGGGCCUGCUCUCAUCACCGCUGAUUGCGUUGAUGACAAAUGGAACAAUAUUAUCAUUGAUUCGCAGAGCGAUGAGAUUAGCCCAGCCGCUCAUCGCAAGGUUGCUGGACACUUCGACAACACUACCACCCACGUCAACAUAUAUCUCCCAACCAAAGCUCAGUGGAGAGGUCAUUUCUUUCACUAUGUCUACCCUACAGCGUCCGAAAAUGCCGACAACGAUACCCUUGGGUUUGCUCUUGACAGUGGUGCAUACCUCAUCCAAAUUACUGGCACACUUGGCUACCGUGCUGAUGCCGCAGCUGCAAAAUUUUCUCGCCAGGUUGCUUCCAAGUAUUAUGGCAUCACACUACACAUCUACGGUUACUUGUUUGGUGGUAGCGGAGGAUCUUAUCAGACAAUUGGCGGCAUCGAGAAUACGGAAGGGGUCUGGGAUGGCGCUGUAGCAUUCAUUCAAGGCGUUCCGGAGUCCAACCCACCAACACUCUCUGUAAGAGCUCUGGUCUCCCAUGUUCUCAAGCAUAAAGCUUCAUCAAUAAUCGAUGCUGUCCGUCCGGGUGGAAGCAGUGACCCCUAUGCCGGCCUCACUGCACUGCAGGCAGACGUCUUCCGUGAGGCAACAUCAUUGGGUGUACCAAUCGAGUCUUGGGAGGAUUGGAAUUGGGUUGCUGGCACUCGAAGUUUACAACUGCUCAACCAAAGUUAUCGCUCCGUUGACCCGUCCUACAUUGACGAUUUUUGGCUACUUCCCGGCUAUGAGGGAACCGAACAAUCCGAGUUGGGUGACUUUCUUCGCUCCGCUCUAGUAAACCACACGACAAUGAUUGAGCGAUUCAUCCCCGCUGAGCCUAGCUCUCCUGCCACCAUCGUUUUAGCAGACCUGCCGGUAAUAUCCGACCCCUUGGGGUUGGACUUCAGAAUCUACGACCAGGCGGGUUCUUUCCUUGGUUUAUUAUGGGGCAAUCUCGAUGUGGAGUCGAGAACAGUCAACCUGUACGAUGCUAGCAAUGAGACAACCGUGAGUGCGCUGGCACCAGGAUUAGAAGUAAUUUUGGACAACCGGCUCUACUUGGCCAUGUCCCUGUACCACCGUCACCAGCUCCCAUCGCGAAAUGGCUUCUUCACCUUCGAUCAGUUCCGCGACGCCUCGGGCAAGCCAAUGUACACCCAGCGGGAUGUUAUUCUGGCCGAAAAGUUCGCAGAGUCUUCAUCCGGCGGAGGAACUCAUACUGGCAACAUUAGCACAAAGUUGAUUAUCGUCGACAACCUUCUGGACUCUGACGCCUACCCUUGGCAUGCAAUCUGGUACCGGAAGCAAGUAGAAGACUCUCUCGGGAGUUCUUUCGAUGACAACUACAGACUCUGGUUUAACGAACACGCAAAUCAUGAUUACGAUGUAACCGAGGUGUCCGGUCCGAUAGGCACGCAAAGAGUCGCAUUCAGAGGCACUAUUCAGUAUGCCUUGCGUGAGCUCGCUGACUGGGUACAAAAUGGGGUUUUGCCUGCGAGCAACACCAACUAUACACUGAGCGAUUCCCAGGUGUCGGUUGCCGGGACAGCUGCAGAACGCCAUGGCAUCCAGCCAGUAGCCAAACUAAUGGUCAAUGGCGCUGAGAAGGCCGAAGUGGCAGUAGGCGAGGUAGUAUCAUUCAAGGUGCUUAUCGAGAUACCCAUGGGUUCCAGCAAGAUCGUGGCGGUCGAGUAG